GGGCUGCCCGUUUCGAUGCCCAGAGCACCCCCGGCAGCGGCGGGGGUCCCUAUGCCGCCCUCCUUCCUUCGCCCUCCCAGCCUCUUUAUGCGCGCCGCGGCCGCCGCAGCUGCAGCAGCCGCGGCGGCGGCCGCCACCGCGGGAAAUACUUCCAGCUGCUACGCGCAGGCGGCGGCGGUGGGGCUGGAGCGCGGAGUGUGUUACCCGCGCACGCCGAAAUGCGCCCGCUGCCGCAACCACGGCGUAGUGUCGGCGCUGAAGGGCCACAAGCGCUUCUGCCGCUGGCGGGAUUGUGCGUGCGCCAGGUGCGCGCUCAUAGCGGAGCGCCAGCGCGUUAUGGCCGCCCAGGUGGCGCUGCGCAGACAGCAAGCGCAGGAGGAGAUCGACGCUCGCGGCGGCGGCGGCGGCGGCGGCGGGGCUCACCCCAACCAGGAGCAGGAGCGGCCGCCUGUUGCAGUCCGCCCGAGCCCGGCCGCGCGGGUGAGCCAGGUGGCCGGCGGCGCCAGCGCGGAAAGCGAUCCGGCUCCUAAGAGUUACUGCCCGGAGUUCCAGCGCGGGCGAAGAGAAGAGAAGAUUCAGAAGUAUGAUUUCUACUGCAGUGAGUCGGGCAGUUCUGUAGUCCAUUUACUUACACCCUCUCUGACAUCUUCUCCUGAAGCUGCUGGAAGCAAUCGAGAAAAGUCAUCUGGGAUGCAGGCUUUAAGUAAAGAGAUUCCUUUGUCGGGCCCUGAAGAAUCUUUAGAAGGAACUGACAGUUCAGCCUCUCUGUCUUCUUCAGACAUGGAAUCGGGAAAUGAAAGUGAGUGCCCCAAGGAUUUUGUUUCCUGUAAUGCCGGUGUCCCUGCUGCUGCUGCUGCUGCUGCUGCUGGUGCCUUAAAGCGCAGAGACCCACUUGUUAUCCUUACAAAGGUCUUCCCUAGUCACAAACAAAGCAGGUUAGAAAGAGUUCUGCAGCUCUGCAGGGGAGACGUAGUCCAAGCUAUAGAGCAGAUCCUGAAUGCAAGUGAACACAGGCAAGGAUUCCGAGAGUUUGCAAUUCCAGUCUUGCCUGAAUGCAGUGCUUUCCAGCGAUCCUCUGAUUUUGGCCUCGGAGUAGAUGUCGCAGCACUUGGCAAUAAAUCAGCAUUUGCCCCUCUUCAAACCAGCCCGGCCUCUUUCAGAAGAGAGGUGAAUUUUUAUGGUUUAAGCCCUAGACUGGGAAUUGGACCUCUAAGAGUGACAUAUUCUCCUCCAGGAAGAGCUUUACCUGGAUUGAUGGCACCAUACCUGAGGACUGGCUUGUUUCCUGUUUUCCCUUUUCACCCAGUGAUGGACUCUUCCUUUUCAGGCAUGAUCAAAGAUGCAUCUUAUUCCCCUGGUGAAGACAGGGUUGUCAGUACCAAGAUGUACACCAGGUUAAAUGAAGAACGCAAAUAGUAUAUUGAUCAAAACUUAAUUUUCCUUUUUCUUAUUCUAAUUUGUUCAG